CCCACCCUACCAGCGCCUGCUAAUCCAGUCCUAAUCCGCAAACUGCUCUUGCACCCCCCGACUGCUGCACAGAUAGCGCGGCUGACGCCGUCAGAUCCCCGACAUCAAUCCGUCGACCGAUUAUUCCUCCUCCCCCCUUCCAUCCAACAUCACCUCAGCAUCGUCAACCCGUUGGCACUCGGCAUCGCAGCCUCGGCGCUUCGACUUAAUCGCCUCGUCAACUUAAUCGCCUCGUCACUACAUCCAACACACCCGAUCAUCUCUUGAGAAACCAGCAAUGUCGCCUCGGAAUUUCCGCCUGCGAUGACCUCAAGGACCCCAAUGGGCGUCCAGCCGCGACCGCCCCAGCAGCGAACACUGAGCAGUUCGGGCUUGUCGGUCCAACGGCCAACCCAACAGCGUUCCCUAUCCGCCCAGUAUUUGCCCCAGUCGCCCGUUCGAAAGGAUAACCUCAUCGACUUGACUGGCGAUGCCAACGAUGCCGCCGUCGCACAGAACAGAUAUGGCACGUUGCCGCGGAGGGGAGGCUCUCGCCUCAAGCUGGAGUUGUCCAACGAGGCCAUGCUUGCCCAGCACGGCGUCAGCGAGUCCCCAAAGACUCUCACGCCUUCCCGCCUUAUGCCCAAGAACGAAACCUCAAACCUUACCGAUAUGAGCUCGCCGGCCUCGGCCAAAGGCCAGCCCGUCGACGCAGAUAACCCACCGAUGCCCAUGCCGAAACGUCGUCCGCGAUUCGUCGUACCCGCCGCCGUCAAAGAUGCGCCAGCCCCUGUCAUUGCAGUUAAGAAGGAUGGCCGACCGAAACCGUACCACAUCGAGACCCCAAGCAUCGCCCCCCGAUAUGCGCCUUUUAGCAAGCCGAGGCCCGACGCCGCAGCCAAACCAGGCUUUGGAGGUUCGAGCAGUGGCGCGCGAGAUAUCUCGGACAUGGGUCACGCCGACUUCUUCCCGUGGACCGGAAACCACCCCGAAGACCAAUAUACCGAAUCGAUUAUCAAGAAUGGAUACUACGAUAAACAACCGCAGGCCUCGAUCGAGACACAAUCUGCCAAGGCUGCAUUGUUUCCCGCCCUCAAGCAUAAGAGCGGGCUGAACUUGCUGUCCAACAUUUUUAUCGGAGUGCUAAAUCAGAGAAAGCUAAAUGGCCAGAUCUCGUCGCCGUCAACUUUCAAGCCGCCGCCGCGCGUUACCCUAACCGAUACGAAGCGAGAAAUGUGGCUGAGGGACUUGGCGAAUCCAUCGAUAUCGUUGCGCCGACUGAGCCGAACGAUUCCCCACGGUAUCAGAGGCAAAGUGCUACUGGACCACUGCCUCAAUAAGAAUGUGCCGACAGAAAGAGCAGUCUGGCUGGUAAAGUGCGUCGGCGCCAACGAGAUCCGAGCCUUUAAGAGAAAGGGGAACGGUCCGGGACCCUUUGUGCUCGGUGGCGAAGCGAAGUGGCUCAGAGACUGGACGGUGUUCGUGGAGCAAUUUGUGGAAGGAGUCUCGACGGCCUUUGGCGAUAACGACUGGAAAGCCAAGGUCCAAUAUGCCAUCCGACUCGCGACGCACCUCUAUGCCGAACAGCUACUCGACCGUGACCACUACAUGGAUUGGCUCGUCUCCGGAUUGGAGAACUCGACACAGUCAAAGCUACCCAUGUGGAUUCUUACAACACAAAUUUACUGGAAAGAUUUGCUUCGUUUGAGAAGAUAUGGCCGACGAUUAGUGAAUGCGUUGCUCAGCCAUCUCAACACGAUUCAUAACGAUCCCGACCGCGAUAUCCUUACCCAACUAUCGACGAGGUUAACAUCUCUACUUACUCCCCUCUUGUCCGCCCACUCGGACAACUUCGUGUCUCCUGCGACUUGGUUCAAGUACAGAGACGCUCUGCUCGCAUCUAUUCCGAUCGAUAACGACUUUGCCCAAAACGCAUACAAGUGGAUCAAUGUCAGAAACGAGCAGCUAGUUGCAUCAGCCAGCAACUCCCAGCCGGCAAACCGACAGAUACUGGUCAAGCAUCUCGACACCUCAUUCAUGUCUUUGUACAGCCCCGACUUGGCUACGCAGUGUUGGGCUGUUAGUGAAGACAAGGGAAUGAUAGUUCGCACAUUAUUGGAGUGGUGCACCUCGCCUCACAGACCAGGCACCACAAAGGUGUAUACCACUGCCAGCCUUCUUCGAGCUUGGGCGGCUACUGGAGUGGAUGUGACGACAGCUAUCCUCGAGUUUCUUAGUGCAAACCCACCAACCGAGACGAGAUCGAAGAGGGUCUUCCACCAGCUGGUGUCAGAAAUUGUACGAUCAGGAGACUUCCAACUUCAGGGGUACAUAUUCUGGCUCAUUGCCCGAGGCGGACUGAGAGAACCGGCCGAUACUGAAGCAGAAGGAUCUUGUGCUACUCGACUGCUUGUCGAUCUCCCUCUCCAUGCCCUUAACUCGUCUGCCCAAGCUACACGAGCAAGUCUCUUACGACGAGCAUCCUACGACGUCAGCGACGAAGCCGAGGAUAUUAACACAGCACUCAAAUGCAUUCAGCAUGUUAUGGGACUUCCUCUUCCGCCAGGAGAUCCGAUGCUUCAGCGGAAGCCCGUACCAGUAGGAAAGCUUUGCAGGCUAAUCUCCAACAGCAACCGUGCAUUACAAACCGAGGUUGGAGCUAGGCUUCUGCAAAUAUUCACCAAGGAAAUCAUCAUGACGAAGAACGGCCCCCAGGUCUCUCCGGCUAUGUUCAACUUCGCUCGCGCUAUUCUCGAGGCGGCCUCCGACUACUCAGUUCUCGUCGAGAUUGUGAAGGUGGUGUCGAGAGCUUCGAGCCCCGAGAUUCUGGCCUCCUGCGCCGAUACUUUCAACGUUCACCUACCGAUUUUUGCAGCACUUGGCGUGGCCAAGGAACUCUUCGACGCGCUGAUGGAAAGGUUGAAAGUGGUUAGUGACGAGCAAGGACCUGCUGCGCGACCUCUUCUGGCAUCCCUGGCAAAUCUUUCGACUCUUAUCCCCGGUUAUACGAAUACUGCUGUCUACUUGCGUCAGCAGCUCCACCAAUGCGAUCGUAACAACCCUAUCGACGCAUGCUCGCCCGUAUCUGAUAACAUGACGGCGCAGCUACAGGAUGCCGAGGGCGAACUACACGAAGAGAUUGAGAAGCUUUUGACAAGCGGGACCAGCGUCGAUCGGCCUACCAUGGACCGCCUUUUCCAGACUGUAGUCGGACGGCUAGAAUCUUUCUGGUUGAAGUCGGCGGACAGACAGCGUGCCUAUAGCGCACUUCUCGGAAGGCUACGCAUUUUCGACGCUCAGCACUUUGACGUGCGCAUGACUGACUGGGUCCACCACAUCAGCACGUUGAAGACUCGUCCUGCGCUCGAAAACAUCUAUCCCCUUCUCAUCAGCAUGGGCUGUCUGACCUUGCCCAUUAUUCUUACCACGACUUCCGUCGAGGCAGGGAGGAUCGGGCUGAACCCGUCAAUGCCCCCUAACAGCACUACGACUUACAUGCAGGAAGUCCUCUCUCUGACGACGAUGCCCCUUCCCGCCAAGACCGCAUUAACACCCGAAGAGAUCUACCGGUUCUAUAUCCAGCAACGAGUGGCACCACGUCAAAACCACAAGGAUAUGGUCUACCUUGUGAGGAAUGCACUCGUCGAGUUCUCGAGGCUGCAGGGUGUCGUCGACUUUUCGACGCUGCCACUCGCGAACCCCGAAGUCAAGGACACCGCACUGCAAUUGCUCAAGUUAUUGGUUCUGCGAGAUCCUCCUUCGGUGGUCCAAGCGCUGGGUAUCAAGAACCCAGAGCCUGCGUUAACAGGACUGUUUGCACAGAUUACAACCAAACUCCUACUACCAGAUGCUGGGGACGAUUCGCCGCUAACGUUCGAGACGGUUCUGGAAUUGGCAAACGAGUUCACUCUUCCCUUCUGCCAGCUCAAGCUUUCGGUUGGCCUUGCGGCGGAUAGCACGACGAGCCCGGGAGGAGGCGAACAGGCUCUCACUCAGUUCGACAUGUUCUCGAGGGCGAUGGAUCGCGCUGUGUCAGCCAACAACGUCAUGUGGACUAGCAUGCUACCCUACCUGAGCGAGGACAUCACGGAGCAUCUUAAGAAGCAGGCCCAUCUGCGUUUCCUAGGUCUCUUUCCGUCAAACAAGAACCCCCCUGCUGCGGAUCCUCUUUCUCAAGAAAGCACUCAGCUCGCGGGAAGUCUACUUUCAGUCGUUGAGGCUAUCUUGAGAGGUCGUCCGCCUGUCCGGACAUCACAGCUUACUUCGGGCAUGGUUGAGAAGCUUGCGGAGCUAUGGGAAGUCCUAGCAACCGACGACAUCAACAAGAGAGACCUACGCGCUUCAAUUCUCCGGUACUGGCUCCCUGCCUUGUUGCGGUUCAUCACCCUACAUACGACUGCAAACGAAUCUGCGCCAGUAGCAACCCAACCCCAGGCCGCCAACAACAUGAAGCCACCCGCCAACACUGCUGUCUUUGAGAUUCGGGCGAGAAUCCUAAUUGUUCUGUCUGGUCUUACACUUGAAUUGGACAACCAAGCAUUCCAGGACGCUCGGAGUGGCCGACCUCUCGGUCAACAGGUCUUCGAUCUGGCUUUGCUGCUAGUCGAUACUUUGCCGGACGACGUGCGCCUGCAGUGCGUGCGAGUCUUGCUUACAGGCGGCACCAUGCAGAAUCCAGCAUCCUCAGAUGCCCGUCUCCGAUACCUAUUCAGCCACAUGCCCCCACCGACGGAGCAAUUUGUGCUUGCUCAUAGACAGCAAUCUACUACACAAACAAACGGGCCGCAGAGAAUCAAGAUGCCAAUCUCGAUGCAAGGCACCGAUAAAUUAACGCCGUUCAUCUACCGCAAAUGGGAGAUGCUCAGCGAGCCCACUCCCAAUGUUGGAGAAAACGACACGGCUCUCAGUCUCACAUUGUUUGAGGCCAUUAAGAUUCAGUAAACAGAUUGGAGGAAGCGUCGGGGAUACACACACAUAUACACACAACAUUUCAUUACUGUCAUGCAU